AUGUCGAAGGAUUUCACUGGUUUUAAGUCCAAAAGGGUGAUGCCGCACGAGACCCCGGACCUAAAGGAGCACUACGUUGUAGGGAAGAAGGUGCUGGCAAAAGGGGACGUGACCACCACCUACGUGUGCACCCACAAGGAGACAGGGAAGGCUUACGCGUGCAAAACCAUCCUAAAGGCGAAGCUGUUGAGCCAAGAGGAGUACGAUGAUCUGUGGAGGGAGAUUCGCAUCGUGCACCAUUUGUCGGAGCACCCAAACGUGGCGAGGAUACAGGGAAGCUAUGAGGACAAGUUUGGGGUGCACCUUGUGUUGGAACUGUGUCGUGGGGGUGAUCUUUUCGAUAGGAUCACUCAGAAGGGGCAUUACAGCGAACGAGAGGCUGCCAAGUUGAUGAAGACCAUUGUUGGGGUGGUGGAGGCGUGCCACUCUCUUGGGGUCAUCCAUAGGGAUCUCAAGCCUGAGAAUUUAUUGUUUGAUACCCGUGACAGUGAUGCCACCAUCAAGGUCAUCGAUUUUGGCUACUCUGUCUUCUUUAAGCCAGGAGAAACUUUUAGUGAUAUAGUAGGAACUUGCUACUAUAUGGCCCCUGAGGUGUUGCGCAAACAAUCUGGACCGGAAUUGGACGUAUGGAGUGCUGGUGUUAUACUAUACAUCUUACUGAGUGGGGAACCACCUUUCUGGGAUGUUGUUAUCUUCUUUGUCCCGGAGUUACGUUCACUUUUUAUAUUAUCUUCAGAAAGCGAAGCAGGAAUUUUCAGAAAGAUUUUAAAGGGAGAUAUUGAUUUUGUUUCUGAUCCGUGGCCAAGUAUCUCAGAAAGUGCUAAAGAAUUGGUGAAACAGAUGCUAGUUAGGGACCCUAAGAAAAGAAUUUCUGCUCAUGAAGUUUUAUGUAACCCUUGGAUUGUUGAUGAUGCUGCUCCUGACAAACCUCUGGAUUCUGCUGUUUUGACACGCCUAAAGUAUUUCUCAGCAAUGAAUAAAAUUAAGAAGAUGGCAUUAUGGGUCAUAGCAGAAAGACUUUCAGAGGAAGAAAUAGGUGGAUUGAAAGAGUUAUUUAAAAUGCUUGACAAAGACAACAGUGGGACAAUAACUUUUGAGGAACUCAAGGAAGGUCUGAGAAAUGUGGGCUGUAAUCUUGUGGAAUCUGAAAUCAAAUCCCUUAUGGAAUCGGCUGAUAUAGACAAUAGUGGAACUAUAGACUAUGGUGAAUUUCUUGCUGCUACACUGCACUUGAAUAAGAUGGAAAGAGAGGAAAACUUGCUUGCUGCUUUUUCUUAUUUUGAUAAAGAUGGUAGUGGUUACAUCACCAUUGAUGAGCUUCAGCAGGCUUGCAAGGAGUUCAGCCUAGGUGAUGUCCAUCUGGAUGAUAUGAUCAAAGACAUUGAUCAAGACAAUGAUGGAAGAAUUGAUUAUUCGGAGUUUGCAGCAAUGAUGAGAAGGUGUGAUCGAGAUAGUAGAAGCAGAAACAUGAUAGGCAAUUUGAACUUUAAUAUUGCAGAGAUAGCUGGAAUGGAAGAUUCUUCUUCUUGA